AUCGGACAAACCCCAAAACCUAUUCAAUACCCUAGUCAGAACCCUGAUUUCAAGCAUCAAGAAAUCGAGGGACCAACCGUAGAGCGCGACCUCUCGGCUUUAGCGAAUGAAACAAGAGAAGUUCUAGAAGGGAUGAUGAAGACUAUCUAUGGUUUGAGUAAAGCAGUGGCUCUUCUGGGUUUGGUUCAGCUUGGCCUUGGAGCUUGGAUUUCUUAUAUUACCAAGUCCCCUAUUGCCGAGAUUUCAAUGCAGAGCGCUUUGGCAUUUGGCUUUCCAUUCUCGUUGGCGUUCAUGUUGCGGCAGUCAUUGAAGCCGAUGUACUUCUUUAAGAAGAUGGAAGAGCAAGGUAGGUUGCAGAUUUUGACCCUGACUCUCCAGAUUGCUAAGAAUUUGAAUAUUUUAUUUGUUCGACUUCGCGGGGUUUCUUACAUGUGUGUUGCCGGCUUGUCAAUUGGAUUUUUGGUCACUCUGCUGUCAAGAUGACUUAGCUUUGUUCUAAAGGAUUCAUUGAUGAGGAUUUGCCUUGGGUUUACCCAUAUAUGAGUUUUGGGUUUUCAAAUCAAGAAUGAGUCCACCGUUGACUUUAUAUAUGAUUGCCAAAUCAAAAUUGUUAUCUAUCUAGUUGUAUAAAACUCACGUGCUAAACUUGAGUUAUUUGGUGCA